AUGGAGCCGAGGGACUGUAAGAAUCUCGAUUACCGAGGCCUUCCAAAUACUACGUCUAUUCGGCUUCUUAAGAUACAUCCAGGGCUAGAGGACAACUCUGAAGAGAGCUACUCUGAUUUCGAAACAUUCCGUCCACCGGUGAGAUGUUCACUUGUUGUCGUAGAUCUCAACGACGACGUGUUAUACGACGCCCUCUCGUACACAUGGGGUGAUCCUUGCACCCUCUAUCUCAGCACUCAAGACAUAUCAUCGCAAGAGGCUUGGGCAGCACGUGCCUUCGAUAUCGAAGUGGAUGGGAAGGCGGUCUCAGUCAGCUCAAAUCUGUACGCGGCUCUGUUAGGGCUUCGUAGUCACUUGGCGCACCAAAAAGACCCCAGGUUCGCCGAUGCACCUCAAAGCUCAGGUCUCUUCUGGAUCGAUGCCUUGUGUAUCAAUCAGAACGACCUAGAAGAGAAAAGUAGUCAAGUCAUGAUGAUGAGUCGUAUCUACCAUCAAGCGCGCCUUGUAUUUGCAUGGCUUGGCGGUGGUGACCGACUAUCUGCUCAGGCAUUCUAUGAUCUCAUCACUAUUGCACAGCUAUGUCAAGGGAAGAAGAGAGAUCCAAAAGAGUUGAGGAACUUUGACAUCUUAUGCGAUGAAACAUAUCGCAAGUUAGGGAUACCCAAGCUGGAUUAUACAUCCUGGAUUGGCGUAUUUCUCUUGUUCAACCGCGCCUGGUUCAAAAGGGCUUGGAUAGUUCAGGAGAUCGUACUUGCUCGAGAACCGUGGUUCAUGUGUGGAAGACAGCUUGCUAAUGUUGAAACAAUCCUUAGCUCGUUCGAGAUCUUGCAACGAUCAAGGUGGUUCGAGCAGUUGAGGCGCAUAGCAGAGCCACUCAUUCAAAACUACCGGAUGGUGACUGACUAUAGCUCGACUUUGACCUCAGCCAGGAGUUCUCUCAAGCUCUAUCGACCGAGAAAGACAAAUUUGCUGGAUAGCGCAUUCGGGAUUAUUCUCCAAGAUGUCAGGAUUUCGCUGGGAACAAUCGACGGGUUAGCCAAGGACGGAUCGAGUCCGAAGCGGCCAAGCUUGUCGAGACUACUGCAGUGGUAUCGUUACACAGAGUCUGGUGAUGCCCGUGACAAGGUUUAUGCAUUCGUUAGUCUCUCAUCAGAACAACGGACACGUCCUCUGACGGUGAAUUAUGAGCUGGAUGUUGUGGAAGUCUUCAUCGAGGUUACGCGACAUCUUCUUGAUUCGUCACAUAAUUUGAAGAUCUUUUCGUUGAAGAAGUAUCCCAUUGAUGGGGCACCGACACUGGAGCUGCCAUCUUGGGUUCCAGACUUCACUGUUCAGAAUCCAGAAAGGUUAAUUAACGAACAUAAAUCCUUCGCGACAUCUAAAGGGCUUGGGUGGAUUGACCCAGUAUAUUUUUCUAAGAGUAAGCUUCAAUUGAGAGGGCUCGAGCUGGGCAAAGUCACCAGCAUUGGUGUUCAGUUCAGCUGGACAGCGAUCUCAGAGAUGUCUUUGCUUUUGCAAAAGGUGAAUGCGCCGGAAGGACAGACACCUUUUGAGACCCUCUGGAGGACGGUACUCCUAGACAUUUUCGAAGAAACGACACCUACAUCCAUGGAGUGUGGCAACUCCUUCUUGGAGCUGCUUGACAGAACUGUGCUCGACUGGCAGGUUACCGCGGCAUUUCGCUUACUACACGCUGAGUAUAUGCCAGAAUCUCUGGCUAAGCCUCAGGGAUUGUCAAACGCGAUUCCAGAAGACUUGAGCGAGCGUAUGGAUUUUGAACAAGCCAGGCAGCAAGUGGGGGUGACGUAUACUGCCUUUCAACGCAUGAUUGGGCGACACACAGAGACCGAUAGCAUCAUUUUUCCUCCCGAGUUUGUCGACUUUGAGUAUCGGCUGGCUCAUAGUGGAGACAAGACGAAGGAGAUUUUGAUCGUCCAAGAGUUCUAUGACGAGCUAAUGGACAAGAUGGAUAAUGCCGGGACCAGAGAUGAUGUUGGUUUCCAAAUCUUAGUGAGAGCCAUGGGGAGGCUAUUAUUUGUAACAGAAAGGGGUGAUCUGGGGAUGGGUCCUACAGUAUUGGAAGCUGGAGAUGAGGUAUGGAUCUUGCCUGGUGCUGACGUUCCUUUAAUCUUGCGUCGGUCCGCAUCGUCGGGUGAGGAGUACAGAUUGGUUGGCGAGGCGUACGUUCACGGCAUCAUGCAGGGCGAAGCUGUUGCAGGUGUGCAGGAAAAGGACUUAAAGAAAGUCAUUCUCGUAUGA